AUGUCGAUUCCAGGUCUGGGGCAGAUCCCAUCGCAGCCCAUCGCCUCGUCGACGCGCACCUUCGUCCUCCAGCCAGCGGGGGAAUGGCGCUUUCAGGUACCCAUCGGUAAAACUCUCUCCCUCAAGCUCCUCACCGGCACGGCCGAGAAGGAUGGCGUCGAGCUCGCGCCCCGCAACGGCUACCGGCUCGCCGGCGGCAUCAAGUCGAGGAUCCUCACCUGGCACGGAUGCGAACUCGAGCUCGAGGGCCGGUGCGACGAGGAAUCCACGGCCGAGUACGCGACGGCGACGGCGAACCCUGCCAUGGCGCACAUCAACCUCCACGCUCGACUUGCCGAGCUGCGGGCCGCCGCCGCGAGGGAUGGCCGCGAGGGACCCCGCGUUCUCGUGGCCGGCCCGAGCAGCGUCGGCAAGACGACGCUCGCGCGGACUCUGACGAGCUACGCCACGCGGACGGGAAGCCAGCCGAUCACGGUCAACGCGGAUCCGGCCGAGGGCAUGCUGAGCUUCCCGGGCACGCUGAGCGCGAGCGUCUUCGCCACCAUUCUCGAUGCCGAGGCGCUCGACGGCUGGGGCGGCACGCCGACGAGCGGUCCCAGCACCGUGCCCGUCAAGCUCCCGCUCGUCCACCACUUUGGCCGGAGGAAGGCCGAGGAUGAGCCGACGCUGUACAAGGACCUCGUGAGCAAGCUGGCCAGCUCCGUGAGCGGUCGGCUGACCGAGGAUAGCCUCGUCCGGACGUCGGGCGUCAUCGUCGACAGCAUGGGCGUGAGCGAGGAGAGCAAGCUCGGGCUCGAUCUCCUGGCUCACAUCGUCGAAGAGCUGAGCAUCAACAUUGUCGUCGUCAUGGGUUCGGCACCGAUGCACGCCGAGCUCGCGACGCGGUUCGCCACCGAAACGACGAGCCUUGGCGAGGCCAUCAACGUCGUCGCCCUCGACCGCCUGGACGGCGCAGCCCAGCGGGAUGAGACCUUUAUGGAGCACGUGCGAGAGCAGAUAAUUAAGGAAUACUUUUUCGGAGACGCUCGGCGAACGCUUAGCCCGCAGAUCCAGCAGGUCGACUUUGACACCCUCACCAUCUACAAGGUGUCGGAAGAUGCCGGCGACGGCCAAGACGUGCUCCUCCGCGAAGAGCCCUCGUCGCUGAUGCAGCACUGGACGCUGACGGUGAUGCACGCCGCCAACAAGGAUCCGCCAGAGUCGAUCCGGGCGGCGAACGUCAUGGGUUUCGUAUACGUGUCCGACGUGGACGAGGAGCGCCGCAAGGUCAGGGUGCUGGCUCCCGUCGGCGGCAGGCUAGGCGACCGACCACUGGUCUGGGGGAAGUGGCCGGAGCCGUUCAUCAACCUGCUCGGCUGA